CCGGAAGUUCUGCCUCGCGCCCCGGAAGCAGUUCCUCAGGCCGCGGGCGUGCUCCGCCUCGCGUUUGGUGUGAGACGUAGAACUGAGCGACCGAAGCCGCGAACGAGAUGCCGGUGGCCGUGGGGCCCUACGGACAGUCCCAGCCGAGCUGCUUCGACCGCGUGAAGAUGGGCUUUGUGAUGGGCUGCGCAGUGGGCAUGGCGGCUGGGGCGCUCUUCGGCACCUUUUCCUGUCUCAGGAUUGGAAUGCGGGGCCGGGAGCUGAUGGGCGGCAUCGGGAAAACCAUGAUGCAGAGUGGAGGCACCUUUGGCACGUUCAUGGCCAUUGGGAUGGGCAUCCGAUGUUAAUCAGGGCAAUGGUUGUCCACUACAGCUACUCCUUCCCAUCAGUGCCAGCUCAUGUACUAUAAUAAAAGAAAUCUUUGAGUAGUGA